AUGAACUAUUCCACUUUUUCUAUUAUUCAAUUAAUUUCAACAUUUGUUGUAAUUGGAAUAGAGGUGUAUGCAAUUGUUUAUUGUUACAAUGUCAUACAUAGUGGAGAUUCUAUUUAUCCAGAAAAAUAUCCGUUAGUGUAUUUAUAUUUUUCAAUGAUUGGAGCUGUCUUUCUUAAUAUCCCAUCUCUUCUUACAGGAAUCUUACAAAGUAAAAUAGGGUCAAUUUUUGCCAUUAUUUUUGAUAUUAUAGCUAUUGUGAUAUUGUUUAUUGUUUAUAUCAUUGGACAGAUAUUCCAAUUAGGAGUUUCUUCAGUAAAUGACCAAGACAAAAUAGCAGAUAUUGAAAAAGAAGGAAAUUGUUGUGGAUGGAAAACACUAAAAAUUGAGGGGUGCCAGGCUAAAGAUAUAAACAAAGCAGUGCCAUGUUACAAAGUUGUUGGAGAGCCAUUUCUAGAAUCAGUUAAUUUUGCAAUUAAAAUAGAUGGAUUAGUUAUGAAAGCAAUAGUGUUAUUAAUUUGUGUAACACUAGUCUUUAUUAUUUUCCAUCGUAAUCAAAUAAAAGCCAAACAAGCGUAA